AACUCUGGAACCGUAAACGCCAAGGAGAAAAAAAAAAUUAAAACCUAAAAAAGAAAGAAUGGAAAGUAUCAGUGUUAGAGGGAUUGUCCUUGUCAUAUAUAACAAACUUAACGGCUUCAACUGAUUUUCCGGUUCAUUCUGAAAAAACAACUCUUCAUCCACCUGUGGGUGUGUGGUUUUUUUUUUUUUUUUAAUAUUUUGCGUUCACGUGAAACAAUGUACAAUUUUUAUUUUUAUUUUUAAUGUUGUGGCAUUUUUAAAGUAGAAUAUGGUCAUGUUCAUGUGACAUCAGUUUGUUGUUCAAAUGUUUUAGGCCUUUAGGGUUUGGUCUGAGUUAGGAAUGAGAUUAUUCUUAUGGUUGUCGUUGUGAUUUGUUCUAGUUGCUACUGUAUUCAGUGCAGUUCAUCUGUUAUCAAACACACACUGAAACAAGGUGCAAGGUAAGGCUUCCUAUUAUAGACUCACUCAGUUGGCCUGACCCUUGCUUGGAUACCAAGUAUAGUGGGAGCUUUAUAGCACCAGUCAUCCCUUUGUCACUUUUUCUGAUUAUAUAGAAUUACCUUGGACACAGGAAAGAUGUUUCUUUUGAAUAUAUGGAUUGUGUUAUUCAGUUAUUCUUAUGAAUUUUAUCUUUGACAAACUUGCUCACUUUGGGUGUUUUUUUUUUUUAGUGUGUUUUUCUAUACUCUUAGAAUCAUAUUCUGUUACUUCAAAUAAAUAGAGGCCUAUAUAAAGUAUAUUAUUCAAUGAAUAUUUAAUCAAUAUGAAUCAUCAAGAUUGAUUGAUCUCAUUUCGAUAUUAGCAUUGCUUGAUAACUCAUAAAAUUUUCUCCUUGUUAUAAUGUUUGUGCCAUUUUUGCCUUGUUUUGUUUUGUCUGUUGCAUAAGAGAUUGUUAAAACAAUAUAGAACUCAAAAGUAUCUCAAUCUCAUUUCACUUACCAAGUAGAAUGUUUGUAUGGCUGGGUUUUGGUUUCCUCUCCUUGACCAGCAGUUUGCUCAUAGUUCAUAGACAGGAUAUUUUAACAUUAUAUAAUGUAGUAAUGUCACUCCUUCCUAGAUGUGGCAAUAACAGAAACUAUGAACUAAUCAAUACGUUUGCUAUGUUCUAGAGAUGAAUUAAUGUGUAAGGGAGAAGUGAACCAAGGUAAUGCAGUGAUACACUUUAAAAUCAUUUUUGGGUUGUUACGUGGAUCACAUGUUGAAGUUGAAUUGGAAUCCAGAUGGCCCACAAUGCUUUAUGGCACAACCGUUAAAUUUAGCUCCUUGAAGGCUUUUUUUGCUGGCAUUAAGCCUUGCCCUACUAUAAGUAGUCUCCGAAGUGAGAGUGGAAGGUCUUAGGCUCUAGCGCCGUCUCUGAAGUUUUGGUGGCCGAGGGGUGAUCAAAAAUCUUUUGAUAGCCGAAGGAUUAAGGGAGUUUUUCUAUAAUCCUGGAUCAUUAUUGUUCACUCUAGAAGAUGAAUGAGCAGACUGGAGGAUUAGGCUCUUCAACUCCAUCAAAUGUUCCAAUGAAAAGGAAACAAGGCAGACCACACAAAGUAGAUAGUGGAGUUCAGGGUAUGAACAUGCCUGUAAUGCCUAGCUCUUCUAAUAAGUUAAAUUCUAACCAAACAGAAGGUACAGCUGUUGUUUGUGAUGAUGGAAUACUGGGGAAGGAGAUUGCUUGUGUCAUUGAAGGCACUUUCAAUGCUGGAUAUCUUAUUAAUGCGAGGUAGCAGCUGAUACUUACUUAAGAGGUGUUGUUUUUCUACCCGAGCGAGUUGUUCCAGUUACUGCAGAAAGUGAUGUCGCUCCACAAGUUAGGAUGACAGAAAGGACAGAGAUUCCAAUUCCAGUUCCAGUUCUUAACCCAGAGACGCAGAUACAUAGUUCUGUUCCUUCAUCAGGACAGUCUAACAAGCAACCUUUUGAGGCCGAAUUGCAGGUACCCGUGUCUGUAGACCUAGUUCUCCCAACUGAGCUCUAUUCCGGCUUAUCAGUUUCACUUGGGAACCAAUCUGCACCUGUUGUGACACCCAUGUCUGAUUUGUCAAAGAUUGACUCUUCUAUUUCCACUGGAGGAAUUAUGCCAAAGGGAAUGUCAAAGCCUGGACCUGAAAGUCAGCCUGCCUCUAUCUUGUCUGGGUUUGAGGGUGACAAAAUCAUCAAACAAGAUGGAAAAUUGCAUGAAGUCGAUGCUUCCAGACAGGCAAAGGAAUCCAGUGCUGAUGGAGGAGCAAUAAAAGACUAUCAGAUAACUUCUGAACCCAUCGACUCAGUUCCAACAGUUGAAAACACUGAGAAGGAGCUCCCAACUGGACAGCAGUCUAUGCCUUCUGUUUAUGAGCUGAAUAAGUUGAUUGCUGAUGAACCAAAGCACUCAGUUAUUGAAAUCAACCAAAUCCCUGUAUCUGCUGAGCGUGAAUCCAUGCCACCAGAACUUAAAAAUAAUACUGUCGACAAUUUUAUGCAGAAGCAGGGCUCUCCAGAAACAGGUACACAAGAAGAUACUAAAACCAAGCUUGCCAUUGAGACUAUACCCACAGUUGACACCACAAACUCAAACGGAAGACCAAGUACUGAUAUUGCUAACGUUCCUGAUGUGGGAUCAAACCAUGCACCGGGACUCAGCCACCCUUCAAUACUGAAUGACAGAGCGCAUGUUCCUUCUGAGUCCAAGCUUUAAAGUAUUGUCGUAUACUUAUGGAUGGAACUGUUUGAUGAGUUUCUUUUGAAUAAUAUUCUUCUGUUAUGCAUAGGAAAAGCUCUCCCUAAAUUUUACUGUUUGUACAUCUUAACCUGAGAUAUCCGUAUACAUUUUGAGGGAGAAACAAAAAUAAACUCCUUUAUUGUUAGCU